UACAACGGUCGUACUCAACUCGCCGCGAAUAUUAAAAUUUGUUUUUUUUGCGUCGCGACGAUUUUUUGUCCGUCGGCAAAGGUACUGCCGGGAAAUAUUGGAUUUCUUACUGGUGCCGUAAGAAAGUCUUAGAGAGACUUGUGCACAGUGUUGCGUGUAACUGAACAUUUUAUUACAAAAGUAUAAUAAAUAGAUGUUUUAUGGACUUGUGUAAAAAAUCCAUCUCUAUCCGUGUUAAAGACUCUAUUUUUCACUGCUAGUGAUGUUUCCGCAAUAGUUUUGUUAUAGUAUUAAAGUUAAAAGCAAAAAAGAUGAUGACUUCAGAGGAAGACUGUAAUCCUUAUCCUAGUUACGCCCUUAUUGACGACCAUGCCUGCACACCCUCCCCAUCAAAUCAGUCAAGUCACUAUAACUGCCUAUCACCAUCUAAUUCACCAUCGCCACUUUUACAACAGUAUCAGUUAGGCAGAUACCCGCAGGACUACUCCAGUGGUGGAGCUGAUCCUCAGGAUAUGAUCCCAGCUGCCCAAAUGCUUCCGCAAGCUCCUCCCAAAUCCGAGGAAAUGUGGGUUGCUGCGGGGGGCAUGGAUGGUUUUGCAGAUUUUAGGGGUUAUGAUAACAGAUUUGAUUACACAAGACAGGCAGCCUACACGACGGAAUCGAUACCGGUAUACGCAGCACGUGGUGCUUUUCCUCAUAAAAUGGGAGGCCCUAAUCAAAGCCAAAAAGCCAGCAAAGAGGCUAGAAUUAGAAGACCCAUGAAUGCAUUUAUGGUGUGGGCUAAAGUAGAAAGAAAAAAAUUAGCCGAUGAAAAUCCAGACCUCCAUAAUGCUGAUUUGAGUAAAAUGUUAGGUAAAAAGUGGAGAUCUUUAACUCCACAAGAUAGACGUCCAUAUGUAGAAGAAGCAGAACGAUUACGCGUCAUUCAUAUGACAGAACAUCCAAAUUACAAAUAUCGCCCUCGUAGAAGAAAACAUAACAAACAAAGGGCAGCUCCUGGAGGUCCUAGAGCGGGUGGUUCUCUCCCCAGCCCUGUGAUGUCAAAUAUGUCACCUAGGUACCAAGGAUAUGUGCCCAAUGCUGGUCUGUCUCCUACGGUCGGAGGGUAUGCCUCACCCCUAGACUUUCCUAGUCCCAGUGGCAGUGCAGGUGGUGACUACAAUCCGGAGAAAAAAUAUUCGGCAGAAAGUUACGAGUUUAACAGCUACUCUUAUUCCAACUACCAAAACUAUUCUCAAAAGUCACCGUACAGUAUGCAUACUCCCGAAACCUCUCCCACUCACAGCCCAGAACCGAAACCUUCAUUAAGUCCACAAGAUGGCAGUACUAAAGAUUCAAGUACCCAUGAGAAAAUUUCGAAACUUCCUACUCCUGAACUAAGUCCCAUGGAGCAACAAGAUAAAGAUCAGUUUCAAGAAAGGGUAUCUAGUAUUCAACAUACCAGCAACGUCGCCAGUACCAUGAGUUCCAUGGUACCACAAAAUACGCAGAGCUAUACCUCCAAGGUACAAACAUAUAGGCAAAUUACUCCAAAUUACACAAAUACUCAACCAAUUACGUCAGUGCCUAUGUCAAACGGUCUAUAUGUGAUGUGUACUAACAAGAGUAGCGUAGAGCAAGGUCAUGUAGUCACUGGCACAUUUUAUCCUCCCGUAGCUACUAGUCAGGAUCAGCAAAUGUUAGGUGUUAGUCAGCAACCAUCAAUGAAUACAGUGAUAUCCAAUAAUCCUGCAGUCGGCGGAAUCCAUUAUUACGGUCCUGGAUUAAAUUAUUAUAGUCAUGCGCAAAAAGAGUAUAUCAGCUAUGAGCAGCAACAAAAUAGUGGAGAAAAUAAAGAUACAUAUAUAAGUUACCAAAGUAUGAAAUCGGAUACAAAACCAGACUACCUCCAUCCUUAUAAGCCUCUAGAAGAACAACAUCAUCAAUACCAAGAUUACCCCCAUCAUCACGCAGAUCAAGCACAGCACAAUCUAGUCCAGACUUACCUUCCAGAAGAACGAAGUGAUGCUGACAGCGAAGUCGAUGGAAAAGAAUUCGACAAAUAUUUGAAGUAUGACACCUCCAAUACUAUGGAUCAAAGGAAUAUUGAUUCGAACCAUAAUUAUCAUCGUGGUGAUAUAGGAGUAAAUUUAAUAAGUAAUGCGACUCACGCGCGCGCUACCUAUCCUUAUCAAGCUAAUCAUACUAGUGUUAUAUUGCCAACAAGUGAGCAGAGCGUAGUAAAUCCGGUUGUGUAUGAUUUGGCAAGUAAUAGUGCCAUUCCUCAAAAAAGUGAAGAUGAGUUUAGUGAGAUUUUAGCCGGGGUGAGAAAGACGUGUUUUUCUACGUGACUUAGGAAAAAUGAUGACAUAUUAUAAUAACAAUAAUUUUUUAGUAAAGUGACAGUUUUAGCAUCGAACUAUUAAAAUUAAAAUAAUUGCUUGUUGAUCUCUAAAUCUACUACUCUGUGUUAAUUAUAUAGAGUAGAUAAACUUUUCUAUAAUUAUAAACUAUUUUGAAGUUUAUAAUUAUAUUUUCUACAUAGCAUGCUUCGAUUGCAAAUAAUUACUGUGGAUUAGGGUCUAAAUAGAACUUUAGUGAAAUUAUUGUUUUAAGAGUUUUAAUCUUAGUAAAGAAAUAUUGGAACAAUAUUUACAUUCAAAAAUUAUUUUUUGAAUCGUUUUAAUGAUAUUGAAAUAUUUAUUUGCUGGUUUAAGCAAAAGAUAUUGAAAAAUAAGUUUUCAAUAUCUUAUACCAAUUUUCAGGUAUUUUAAAACUAAAAAAAGUUGUCAUUGAUUAUGUUUACUAUGCAUCAGACAUGUACAUGCUAAUCCAUCUAUAUUUUCUCUGAUUUUUAAAUGUAUUUAGUUUUUUUCGAACUAAUAAUUUAAAAACCAAAAAUAUUUACUUUUAUCAAAAAAAAUCACUUGAUUUUUUUAUAUUUUUUUGAGUAAAGAUAGAAAAUGCCAAUCAAUAGAGCUCUAAAAAAUGUAUUUAAGUAAGCCAUUUUAUCAAAGAAAAUAUAAAAAUUUAAAAAAUUCUAGUGCAUUUAAAGACAUUUAAUGUAAUUCCUUUUUUUUAGAGCUCUAUUGAUUGACAUUUUUUACUUUACUUGGAGAGGCAUAAUUAUCCCUUCGUAAAGAAAAUAUGAUGUAUGGAUGGAAUGAAAAUGCAGGCGUAUUUUAACGCAGUCGAUAUAGCAACUACAGUCAAUUUAACAAUUAUUACCAACCCCUUUGUAUCUGUUUUUAUCGAUAAAAUAAAGUUUUAUUUCCAUUAAAUUUCACAAAAUAUAAUAAUAAGGCCUAGGGAAUGCGCAAUACCAAUAAUAUUCACGUUAAUGUCGUAAUAUACAAUACGAAUUCGCAUUAUCCUUAAAGUAUGAUAUAUGAAAUCAGAGGAAUUUAUAAUUAGGCUGAAUAUUUGUUGACUUCAAAAUUCUAUCAAGGUUUAUUUAGCAGCAAAUAAAAGAUGAUCUAAUAAAACUAGGUAAAGAGUCUUUUUCUCUUAUAAGAAUACUGUUAAACCUAUUGCUUCCUCAAUAACCGUACAUAACCUAAAGUGUAAUAUCAGAAUUGGACCUUGAAAUCUACUAUAUGCUUUUACUUUUGUUGGUGUGAUUAGGAUAUAUAUAUAUUAUACAUUGGCUCAUAAGGAUCAAUUAUAAGAUGAACUAUUUUGAACUACUUUAUAUUCUUGAUUCAUGCAUGGUAUUUUGUCAGCAAUCGAACAAAUGGAUAAUAAUCACUAGCUGAUGUAUUUAUCCAUUACAUUUCUAGUUUAAGACUUUAACCAUCUCUACUUCUCGCAGUUACUUAUUACGGCUUAAAUUUGGCUUCACUUUCAAUGUUUUUUCAUGUUAAAUAAUACCCUACACAUGAACUUGAUUUUUAAAGUCUCGAUUUGGGCAUAUAUUAAAAAAGACUGAUAUUUUUUAUAAUAAUAGUAGCGAGUUUUCUAUUAACUUUUUAUAUAUUGCUAAACAUUUAAAAAAGCGAAUUUUUAUUAAUAUCAGCAAUAUUUAUAUAUUUUUUAAGUUGAUAGGUGGCUAUUUUCAAAUAAUAAUAAAUAAAUAAAUAUCAAUAAAAAAAUUAAAGAACUUUUUUUUUUAAAUAGUACAGCUAUAUUGUUAGAAUAAAAAAAAAGAUAUAGAAAAGAAAAAGGGCUUAUAAUUAUUUUUACGGAAUUAAUUUUUAUCAUAUAUUUUCGAUAAAAUAUGUGGUUCUUAAAGGUUUCCGAGUUUACUAAAAUUAAUAUAAUUAUUCUUUCAAGAGACAAGGGAGGACCAAGGAGGGACUUUGUAACCUUUCAAUAUAGACUGAUUUCAAUAUUUAAGUUUAUUAGCAAUAAAAUAUGGCUAGCAAGCCGUAAACGAUAUUUUUACAAAACACCGAUAUUUAAGUCACCGUUUUUAUUAACUCUAUGAACUCUAAUAUACCUUUAUUUAGAGUAACGUACAUUUUAUAAAAUUUAACUAUCAUUAAAGACCUCUAUACAAACAAGAAAUAUAAAUAUUUUAAGAUUUUAAUAGAGAUUAUGUGAUCCAAUAAUAGACGUAUCGAAAUAGAAAACUAAAUAUUUCUUCAUUAGACAAAUAUUUUUAUUCCUGAAUCGAUUCUCUAACAUCAUUAUAUAACUAAAUAUAUGAAACUAGGAAAUCAGUGUUUUAAUUUCUCCCGAAUAAAACAGUUCUUGAUUAAGAUUAUUAUGUGGUCUAUUCCUUUUUCUUUACUACUGUAGUUUUUAAAUACAUUUAUAGAUAUAAUAUUACCAUAAUAUUACCAUUUUGUAGUGCCCUUUUAGGAGGAAAUCAAAAGUAGGAACGGAAAAGAAAGUAGAAUCAGUCUAAAAUGAAGUUCUUUAAAAUAUACAAUGUUCAUGUAUUUUAUUUAAUAUUGAUACACUCGUUUGUAUUAUAUCUUAGGCCAGUAUUUUAAUGCAAGAAAUAGAUUUUAAAUUUAUUGUUAACUAUUAAAAAUUAUAAAAUGUAAGCCUUUUCGAUUACACUGAUUACACUUAUUUGUUACACUCUAAUGAUGAUUUAGACAUGAUCGUCUAAAGACUUGAAUAGAGAUUUCUUCUAUUUAAUCUUUAAACUUGAAUAUAGAUUUUUGGAAAGCGCUAUUAUAUUUAAAAAUUAAUAAAAUAAUUUAAUAUUUUAUUUACUUUACAAUAUUCUUUCCAACAUGAUAUUUCUUAAAAAUAUAGUGCAAUAAAAUACUAAAUAUUUUUUAAAUCUUGGUUUGUUGAUAUUAUCUAUAUAUUUUGUAAAUAAACUAUUAUUUAUAUUAUCAUUGUAUAUUGCUGUUUAUCUUAUAAAAUAGUUUAUUAGUAGGUUUUAAAAUUGACUGUCCUAGUUCAAGUUGUGAAUUUGUAUAAUUAUAUAUAUUACAGUUUUACAUCAGAUUGAUAUGUACAUAUUCGUAAGUUGUAUAUUGUAUAAUUAGUGCAUUAUAGAUUGAAAUAAAGAUUUUUUUAA